AUGUGCAGACACAAAACCAGAACCUUGGACUCUCAGGCCGAGGACCUGAGCUCUGGGGAUGACAAGAAGAAUGGCUUCAUGGACUUCUUCAAACAGCUCCCCCGGAAAGGAACACGCUCUCCCAAAGUCUCAGCCCGAGGCAAGAGCCUGCAGCGGGAGAAGGAGGGGGAGCUGGCCUCUCCUCAGACCUCGUCGGACGAAGACGACGUUGACAAGAAGAAGAAGAUGAGCACCAAAAAGAUCAAGCGGCAACUGUCUCGGUUCUUCAAGAAGAAACUGGACAAAGAGAAGGACAAGCAGAAGGACCCGCCCCCAGCGAGGCCCAGCACCCUCCCUCUCCCUCCCCUCCUCCCCCGAGCCCCAGAGAAACCCCCAAUCUCCCCCAACCACCCCCCAGAGUUCUACGAGGAGGUGGCAGAGCGCCUGGAGCAGAUCGUCUACAACAAAACCAGCAUCAAGAAGCAGUCCCCCGAGCCGCCGCCGCCGCCAAGAGAGAAGGCCCCACCACGGGAACCGGCCCCUCCACGAGAACCAGCCCCUCCACGAGAACCAGCCCCUCCACGAGAACCGGCUCCUCCACGAGACCCACAGACCCCCCCAGGACCCACCCCAGUGGAUAAAGAGGCAGUGGUGCAGCGGCUGGUGACUCCGAUCACUCUGGAGGGAGACGCCAUCAACUCCAAGAUCGAGUCAGAGCCCUUGCUGCGCUCCAGCUUGUCUCGUCUGUCGUACGCUUCCUUCUCUCGGCUCCUGGAGGUGUCCCGCCGCAUCGUCACGGCAACCGGGGCCCAGCGCAUGCAGGGAUUCGACGAGCGCUACAUGGAGAAGUACUUUGCCCCCUGGGUCAAACGCCAGGGUGGAUGGAUCGAGUCAGAGCCCUUGCUGCGCUCCAGCUUGUCUCGUCUGUCGUACGCUUCCUUCUCUCGGCUCCUGGAGGUGUCCCGCCGCAUCGUCACGGCAACCGGGGCCCAGCGCAUGCAGGGAUUCGACGAGCGCUACAUGGAGAAGUACUUUGCCCCCUGGGUCAAACGCCAGGGUGGAUGGGAGAACGUGGUGGACCUGAACGAGUUCGACUGA